AAGCCACAACCGCCUCCUCUGCGUUUCGUUGACCUCGCGUUUCCUCAUACCCGCCCCCAACUACUUGCUGGAGUCUACCUAUAAUAGAUACAGUCAGGAUGCCGACCGAGCUCGGCGCCACUUUCAGGAAGGACCUAUUCAGCAAGGAGGUGGAGGGUUGGCUCGGGCGAGCAACCCCUGCGGAUCGGGAACGCUUUGAGCGCGUUUUUGAAAGCAUACGGUCCGUCACCGAGGCGAAGCAGUCCCCAGAUGCGCACGCGGACUUCGUAAACUCGACGCUAGACAAGAUGCGCCGGCGCGGCUCCUCCGCCGCUGCUGGCCCCAGCAGCAAGCGCCCGCCGCUGGCCCCAGGCGGUGCCACCGUUGUGGCUCAGGGCUGGUCUUACACAGCGACACGUGCUGCCCUGAGCCGGCCCGAGACCCAGUCCACGCUUGCAAGCCUGACGGACAGGGUGGCAGAGGAGCAGGCGGCGGCAGCCGCGGCCGCGGAGCGCGAGCGCUCUGCUGAGCCCCGGCCGCACAGCGCACCUAAUAAAAACAACAGCAACGACGCUGUGCCCGCUACCGCCGCGGGCGGUCGCGACCGUGAACUCACCAGCUUCGACCGGGCUGCCGCACGGCGGCGCGCCAUCUCCUUCGGCGCCCCCUCCACCGCCUCGGGAAGCGCGGACGCCACCGCCGGCAGCAUCACGGACAAGAACGCUGUGGCCGCAGCCGUCGCCGCGUACCAGCUGCAGCAGCAGCGCGCUCAGCAGACAGCUACAGCUGCGGGGGCGGCGGGCGCGACGGGCAUCGUGGGCGUCAGCCCUGAUGUGACCACCUACGGCGAGAGCUACAACCUCCGGUCCAUGUACCCGGAGAUUUACGACCAGGCGCUGCGGGAGACCAAGGCCGACGCCGUGCCCAACUACACACUGAUCAGCGAGUGGGGCGAUUCACUCAAGGCGGGCACCUCUGACGCGCACAAGCUUUACAUGCGCACCACCUACAACACGACCAACGACGAGGUGUGCAAGCUGGAGACCACCACCGACAAGGUCCGCGAGCAGGAGUUCUUCAAGUGGAUGCAGCGCCAAAAAACCUAUUACGGCGAUCUGCUAGCCCGUGCCAAGGGCCAGGACCUGGAGUCGGUGCUGGCGGGUGCGGACGACGAUCAAAAGCGCGAGAUCCUGAACGCGCUGCGGCAGCUGCACGCGGCCGUGGAUCCGGACCAGAUCAAAAGCCACAGCCAAGCGGUGCACUGCGAAAUGCGCGGCAUUCAGAACCUGGAGCUGGAGGCCAAGCUGAAAGAGUACACGAAACGCAAGACCAUGGGCGGGCCGCACACGGAGCUGGCCAUGCGCAAGCCUGGCGCCAAGCAGCGGCCCGCCACCGCUGAGCUGCGGCCCAACACGGUCGAGCUCAGUUUUGGGGCCUCCAUGCCCGCUGGUGCCGGAGCGGAGCCGUCCUCAGGCGCGCUGAGGCCGUCCAAGCCGCGACCAGCCACAGCCGGUGCAGCGCUUGGCAACCGGGGAACGGGGGGCGCUAAUGUGCCGGCGCCGCGUCGCGCCUUCGCCACGGCGGGGCAGGAGAAGAAGGACACGUUCCUGUCCAAGGUGCCGCUGCAGUGGUCGGUGGGCGCAACCGGCGGGCCACUGCAGAGCGCGUACACGGACACCUUCGGCGGGCGGGGCGCGGGGCGGGCGCGGCCCAACAGCGCGCUGCUGCGCACCGAGCCCGUCAAGUACCGCGAGGUGACCUGCCCCAUCGGCGCCGUCAACCCGCACACCGCCAUGGCGCCCUUGCGCACCGCCUACCCCGUGCCCGAGUCCUUCCUGGGCGCCACCAUCUCGGGCGGCACCGGCAGCAUCCCCUUCCCGCAGCGCAGGGGCGACACCGUGUAUCGGAGCGAGUUCGCGCCACGUGACGCCGCGGACGUGCACGCCACCCUGGCGGCGCAGGCGGCGCUGACAGAGCAGGCGGGCAAGGCGUUGCAGAAGAGCACACUGCCCAUGGGCCCCAAGAACGGUAUCAAUCUGGUGGAGCCCGCGGACUGGCUGUCGGAGAUGAAGGACGAGUACGUGCCGUACGCGGACAACUACGUGAAGAGUAAUGCCGAUACGCGCGUGUCCAUGCGCGUGAUGUUCAAUGGCCCGACUGCGUCGGCCGGCAAGGUGGCCACAUUGGUCGACUCGACCGGGCGGCUGGUCAAGUACUAAGUAUGAUCACAUGAUGUGGCGGCACGGUGGCAGUGGUGCCGCGCUUGGCAGGGAUGGGAGCAAAGUAGGACGGCUUGCUGUGUGCGGGAUGAGUGCUGGCAGCAGUGGUGGUAUGUUAGGGAUGCGUGUGUCUGUGCGCCGGCUCGUGCGAGUGAGCAUGCUGAACGUAAGGGCUUGAAUCCUCCACACCGGUCGUUUAGUAUGGUGACAAGACUGCUCACCUCUGCUUUUGCUUUGGGGGAUGGGUGUGUAACGUUUUGACCCUAUCAGGGACACAGCCUCUCCCUACGCGAAGGUCCCAGUCCUGUUCAUGCAAGAGCACGGCGCGUGUCAACACGACACGCGUGCGCUUCAUUAGUGGUACGCAUGGCCUAUAAGUAAAAGGCCCUUGUGUUUUUGGGGCAGAGCUGAAUUGCCUAAUGAAUUGUGAGGCGGCGAGGCAGUGAGGCGGUGGGCAGAGGCAUGGCGCACUGCAUAUAUAGAUACUCACAGCUACACCAGCACACAGGAGAGCGUGACAUACCAUGGAGGGCCUGCGGGCGAAGUUUGAUAGCCCUGAGGCCUAUUCUGCGUACAUGGCGGGGUUGGGCAAGAUGGGGGCGGAGGCCAUUCGGGCGAAGUUUGAUAGCCCUGAGGCCUAUUCUGCGUACAUGGCGGGGUUGGGCAAGAUGGCGGCGGAGGGCCUGCGGGCGAAGUUCGAUAGCCCUGAGGCCUAUUCUGCGUACAUGGCGGGGUUGGGCAAGAUGUCGGCGGAGGCCAUUCGGGCGAAGUUCGAUAGCCCUGAGGCCUAUUCUGCGUACAUGGCGGGGUUGCUUCGGGCGAAGUUUGAUAGCCCUGAGGCCUAUUCUGCGUACAUGGCGGGGUUGGGCAAGAUGGCGGCGGAGGGCCUGCGGGCAAAGUUUGCCGACCAGGAGGCCUUUGCGAAUUAUAUGGGCAAGCUGAAGCGGGGUGUGUGUGUUGGCAGGUGGCGUGUGUUGCUUGAUGUGGUGGGCACGGCCCUGGCCUCAUAUGCUGCGGGCAAGCUGUGGUGCCUGCUGUGCCUGGCGCUGCGGCCGGCCAGGCCAGGCAAGCCGAGUAAGGGGCGUUCAAGCGUUUGCUGCCAUAGUUGCCGCACUAUGUUUAUAGUCAAUGAUGGCUUUGUUAUUCGCAAGAAAGGUGGUCAGUGCAUGGGCAAGCUGACGGAGCUGGCGGUGGUGGCGCGCAAGGUGAUUGAGAAGGCGGCGGCGAAGGAGAAGGCGAAGCAGCAGCUGGCGGAGGAGGAGAAGGCGAAGCAGGCUAAGGAGGUGCUGAUCAUUAGCGACAGUGACUGAGGCGUCAUAGGAGAACAGUGGACACGGGACCCAAUACCUAGGUAACAUAUUUGCUGGCCUCCAGCGCGGCGUGGAGUACAGUGCCCUGGCUUGAGCCGAUUAUGAGUGGCGAUCCGCGCAGCCUUCGCAAUUCUGGAUUGGCCGCCGAGCCGCAGGCUAUGUAAAGUAAAGAGGGU